AUGACUUUGAUUACUCAGAGGCUUUUAACUCUAGCUUCUGAUGCUAUUGAAGGUUUUUAUGAGCAACACACUCCAUUUGCUAAGUCUCCCACCUCUCCACCUGGUAUACAUCAGGAAGGUACAGACCAGGACCCUAAUGCUGCUUCUCUCUUGGAUGUCUUCAACUACUGGCUCAAAUCCCCUGAUGCUAAGAAACGGAAGGCUGUUCCCAAUGGGCCUCCUGCAAAGAAGGCCAAGAGAGAAUCUUCCUCAAGCAGUGAUGACAGCUCCAGUGAAGAUGAGAAACCCACAGCCAAGAAACCAGGUGGGGUUUGCAAAAGGGCUUUGGGCUGGACGGCUAGGAACAUGAUCUCUCGCUGGACAGUUUCCACACGGUAUCCAGCGGAGGUGGAAAGCACAGGGCAAGAAGGAGUGGCUUUGGCUAAUGCUCGGCAGUUCCUUAGUGCCCAGCCGUGCAGUGAAGCAGUUUUCUUUGGAAGCCUGUCACCAAAGCACAGGCGCAGCAGCGAGGACUCCAGCGAGGAUUCAGACUCUGAGGAGGAGGAAAAGAAGCCUGCACAGAAGGUAACCAGACCGCAGGCCAAGCCAGCUGCCACCAAAUCCCAGCCCCAGAAGAAGGCUGAGAGCUCUUCCAGCUCGGACUCAAGCAGCUCAGAGGAUGAAAAACCAAAGAAACAGCCACUGAAGCCAGCCACAGUUAAAACAGCAGCUAAAUCAGAAGGAAGACAGGCUGCCCAGGUGACUCUCAAAACAGCCAAUGGGAAAGCAGAAAGCAGCAGCAGCAGCAGCGAGGAGUCUGAUGAGGAAAAGGUUGCCAAGGCUGUUCCCAAGAAAACACCAGCGCUCAAACCUGCGGCCACCCGGGCACCCCCAGGGAAAGCCAAAGCCCCUGCCAAAGAGAGCUCCAGCAGUGAGGACUCUUCCGACAGCUCGGAGGAUGACAAGCCAGCUCCAAAAUCCAAGCUGAAGCCUGGUCCAUACAGUGCCGUGCCACCCCCUCAGGCGACUGACCCAAGAAAGGGCAAGGCAAAGCCUGUUGCAAAGGCUCCUGGGAAAAAAGCCGAGAGCAGUGACUCCUCAGACAGCAGCUCGGACAGCAGCGAUGAAGAGGAGCAGGUGCCCAAGAAGGGAGCAGCAGCCAAAGCAAGUCUGGCCAAAAAAAAACCUGCCGCAACACGCCCAGCUGUGACCAGCAAGAAGGGUGGCUCCAGUUCGGACAGCGACUCGGAUUCCAGCUCUGAGGAAGAGAAGGCAGCGACCAAGCUCCCUGCCAAAUCGCUCGCGGCGAAGGGGCCUGCCAAGCCAGGACAAGCAAAGAAAGGCUCCAGCUCCUCUUCGGACAGCUCAGAUUCCGACAGCUCCGAGGAUGAGACCCCUGCAAAGCCUGCAGUCAAACCAGCUCCGCCUGCCACAGAGAAGCCGCCUGCUGUGACAAAGAAAGCCCAGAGCAGUUCGGAUUCCGACAGCAGCUCGGAGGAGGAGAGAGCCCCUCCAGCUAAGCCAGCCAGCAAGCUAGCUAAGCCAGCGUCCAAACCCUGCACCCCGGGCCCCAAAGCCAGCAGCUCAGAUUCUGACAGCUCAAGCAGUGAGGAGGAGCAGAGCAAACCAGCAGUGAAACCAGCCAGCAAAUCACCCGCAGGGAAGAAAGUGGCUGGCACCCGCAGGGAAGAAAGUGGCUGCUGCUAG